GUGAAUGUGUGUGUGUGUGUGUGUGUGUGCACUUUUUUUAUUUUAUUUUAUUUUUUAAUAAUCAUGAGUUUUGUAUUAACUGUGCCUGAAGCAGCUGCUACACCCGAUACUAUUCAGUUUAAAAUAGUAGUUGAGGGCGAGAUUCAGGACGAAACAAUAUUACCUACUUGUUUCCGUACGUUUCAGCAAAUAAGUUGGAUACAUAGCAAGUUGAAAAGAGCGUUUACAGAUAUUGUAUUACCGCCUUUACCUGAACCACCUGUGGUAUCGCAUAUUGACGACCAAGACUAUGUUGAACGGAAACGGCUUCAGAUAGAGCGUCUUUUUAGUAAACUCAGUCGACGCACUGAGUUACUGGAACACGUUGAUUUCCUUCAUUUUUUGUCCAGUGAUAUGUCACCUACAAAAGAAGGACCUACAAAUACAGGUGUCUUGUCCUUUUUAAAAUUCAAUCGUGUCAUGAAACCCAACACAGACCGAGGAUUUAAAUCAUUCAAGCCCUCAGAAAUUAUUGAAGGUAAUGAUCAAGACACAUUUCAUAAGCAUCAAGCCUAUAUUUUACUGCAAGAAUCGUAUUAUGGGUUUAUUGCAGAGUCAUUAAAUCAAUUGAUCCAGACCAGAGAAGGACUCGGUGACAUGAUGGUCCAUAUGGGUGACUUGAUUAUCGAAACAACACAGAGUAAAUACCGUCUUGGUUUAGGUCUCAAAUCAGACCUGAGAGAAUCUCAAAGGACAUUGGAUCGAAAGAUGCAAAUGCUGGGUUUAUUGAUGGAUGAAUUAGGUUUUGUGUUUAUGCGACAAGGCAUUGAAGAGAAUAUGAAAUUUGGUGAUAUCAUGAUUGAGUUCAAAAACGCAUUAGAUCCAUUAAAAGUGAUAUUCAACACAAGGACAACAAAACUGAUGGAGUAUGUGGAUCAGCUCAAGUAUCGCAAUAAGAAACGAGAAAGAUCAGACAAAGUAACCGCAAGACUCGGUCCUCAUCAUCCGGAAGCCAAAGAAAUCAUGGCUGAAGAAAGAGAAGCUACAGAUCAACUAGAGAAAAAAAAGAGAGAAUUUGAUGAUUACCAAAAGAAAGUGAAAGGAGAAAUCAAGCUAUUUGAAGAUCAAAAGAGCAACGAUGUGAAAAAGGCGAUCAAGGACUAUGUCAGCCUGAGUAUUCGAUAUGAAAAGACAAAAUUACAAAAUUUGGAAAAGACAUUGAAUGAUAUGCAGCAACCAGUGGUCAAGUCUAUUUUUGCUACUUAUCAAUUGUCUCCUUCUACUUCUUCUUCUAUAAGAGAUGGUGAAGAGUCUGCUUCUUCUUCUUCGGUAUUGGAAUCCGCUUCAAGAAAAAAGAGAAGACAGAAACAACACUUUCACCAAAAUUUCAAAGAAUUAAAUAAGCCAUUGCAAACCUCUGCCUCUUUACCUACACGGCACAACAAACCUGAAGAGGAUGAUUUAAGCGACAAUAAUACAAGCAUGAUACCUACUACUACUACUACUCAUAUCACGCCAAUACCAACUAAAGAAGAUAACAACAAUCGAUUGUCUAUAUCUGCUUCUUAUGAUGAACGCUUUUCUGCAAAGAAUUGGUUAGCUGAAUAAAAAAAAGUACUUUAUAGGACAAUGAUUCGGAAAAGCUAUCCGUCUCCGUAUGCCGUUAUGAACAAAAUUCAAUUGAGCUAGCCAUUGAGAGUUAAAGUUGUUUACAUGAAAUUUUCUCAGUGUUUAAUUCCAUACUAUCAAACUGGACAAUAAACAAAGGCUCCAUCCUAAGCGGAUCUAUCUCUUAUGAGGAGAGUCAAUCAAGCUUGGCAAAAAAGACACCCAUAAAA